CAAAAUCCUGACACGUCGCGGCUACGUGCGAUCAUUUCAGCAGCUUACACUUUCUUCGGAGUUACACAGUUUCUUUGCAAGGCGGUCUAAGUGUAAGCCAAUCGUUAUUUUGCUUCAAAAGGGUGUGAAAACGGAUCUCGACUAACUAAUUACGAUGGUUCAAGAGAAGAGUUCGAGUUUUACAAAGGAAGAGGAGCUGUUGCUGCAGGACUUCAGCCGGAAUGUAAGCACGAAGUCUAAUGCAGUCUUCUACGGGAAUGCUUUUAUUAUUUCGGCAGUUCCUAUCUGGCUCUUCUGGAGAGUUCAUCAAAUGGAGCUGCUGCCUUCGGCGUUGUUUUUCGCCAUUGUCACCGGUCUGUGCACAUAUCUAAUGGCAAUGGCCUAUAAGAACACGAAAUUUACAUUGAAGCAUAAGAUUGCGAACAAACGCGAGGACGCAGUUACGCGUGAAAUGACCGCCCUGCUGGCCGAUGAUAAAAAACUGAGCCGCAAAGACAAGGACGAAAGAAUCAUGUGGAAGAAGAAUGACGUCGCGGAGUACGAAGCAACGACGUUUUCUAUUUUCUACAACAACGCUCUCUUCCUGGCUGUUGUCAUCUUCGCUAGCUUUUAUCUGCUGCGUUCUUUCACGCCAACUUUUAACUACAUCUUGUCGGUAGCCGGAGCUGGAGGACUGAUGGCUUUGCUGUCAACUGGCAAAUCGUCUUAAAAAUCACGGAAUUCUUCCAGGAGAUUUUUCGUUUUCAUAUUCGUUCAUUUUUUUUCAAUGCACGACUUCUGCGUUUAGAAUAGAAGAAACCAGUUUCAUUUCGAAAUGAGUGAAUCAUUUAGCAUUAUUGAGUAUAUACAGAUACAGACGUGUUUUGUCUUAUAAUUGAAAGGAGUGAUUGAGUUCUAUGGAUUGACGAUGUUCUUCACUGCCAGUUUCUUUGGUUCUGGAAACAUCAGGAUAAUAGUAUCUUGCGUAAAAUAAAUUUACUCAAUUUCCAUGUGAGCUCACGUGUAAAAAUAUUUUCAAUUU